AUGGAUUUUUUUGAAGAUGAUGCCUAUGGAUUGGGUGGGGUAGAUCCGGAAAUUAAAGCCCAUAUUACGAAUCUUGUAUCAGCUCUUGGUGGUCCAGAUUUCACAGACCCGUUCAAAGUUUAUAAACUUGGAGAUGACGCAUUGGCUUGUUUAAGAGAUUUGAAACGAUGGCUAAAGGGCUAUGAUGAACGAUUGGAUCGUUGGGAUAUCGCUAGAGCCCUCUCUGAAACUAAAUUGGUGCCAUUUGAUUUAAUCGAGAUUUUAACUCUAUGGGAAGAACGGUCUCAAAGUAAAACGAACCCACCUACUAAGAACAUGGAUAGAAUAGCUUUAGCAUGUCUUGAGUUAUUAGUACCUUUGACUUGGCCUCUUGAACUGAAUAAACUGACUUCUACUACUAAUCAUUAUCGCCAUGCGCCACAUUUAGAAUUGGCUAGGGCCAGAUACAAACGGGCUGUUUUGAAUCAUCCAAAGAAAUUGGUGUUCCGCGCGAUAAUAAGAUUGGCUAUACCCAGUUUGAAAUUGUCAAAAAUCGACCGCACACCGCGUGAUAAUGGUAUUAUUAAAUUAGUGGUAUUUUUUAUUCGAAAUAUUCUUUCAAUUGAGGCUGAGACUACUAGUGCUUCUGCCAAAACCUUUGCAGAAUGGGAAAGUUUUGGGGAUGAUAUUUCACGAACCACUACAAUCAAUUGCUUCAAUAAACAGAGGGUCCUAGAUUUCAUCAUCACUUUAGGAGCUGGUAUAGGUCACAAUUUUGAAGUUCAAGAUACAGGAGUACUAGAAUCGGUAUUCUAUCUUCUUCAUAAUAUUCCUGUUAGCGAUAUAAUUGCACCACCUCCAGGAAGUGUGCAACCCGUUAAGAAGAGAGGCGAUCUUAGUGAUCUAUUAGCAAGAGAAAAAGAUAUACGAAGAGAUAUUCAAAGACAUGCGCCAAGUCGUCACAACCGUUUUGGUACGAUGAUUUCAAUGGAUAUCAUGGAAAAAGGUAGACUCUCUGUGUCUGGUCAAGGUGGUCUCUGGGAUACAUCUGCGACUCUGGACAAGGUCGACACUAGCAAGAAAUGGCAUAAGCGAGCAGCUAGAGUCAGCGAAUAUGGAGUGAGUAAAGCUACUAUUGACCCAGGUUGGAGCAUAAUCUGA